AUGGAGCUUACUCUGCUGAGAAAUGGUAAUCGUGGGCCAAUUUCACUCUUGGUUAGGUCUGGUUGUACAAGGUCUAGCAGCAUUCUUGCUCCAAUAUAUGCUGCUAAUGCUAUGUUUGAUGGGAGGGAAAAAUGGAAGGAAAAGCUUAGGAAACUGGCAAACCUCAAAGCAAAAAUUCUGGAGGAAGAAGAAGACUGCAACACAAAGGUGUUGACGGUCCUCUAUGAAGCCUUGAGCUCGAAACACGGUCGUUUUAAUGAGGUGCACCGUUUUUUGUCAUCCUACAUCGAGUGGUGGUUCCACGGCCCGCCGUCCCACUCCCACCGGCAUUUGAAACGCUUGCUCACCGGUUCACCAUCCGACGACUUGUCCUUUGCUUUCGUUCCUCUAUCCGUCGUGGCAUUCGGAUCAACGGUCCUCGUCGAAGGUUACGAUCAAGGGAGCUCCGUUUCAUGGGUUCAUGCUUGGACCCUCAAUGAGGGGAUAAUUACUCAGGUGAGGGAAUACUACAACACUUCCGUUACCGUCACGCGCUUCGAGGACUCCAACGGUGUUGGAGCGGCGAGCUCACCGGAAAUUAGGUCACGGUCAGGUGGUGGGAAGUGUGAGAGUGUUUGGCAGAGCAAGCUAAGCGAUGAGUCCGUGCCUGGUCUAGUCUUGGCAUUAUAGUGGAUGUGACAAUGUUAACCUAACAAAAAGCUUGACUCUUUCUAGUCUUCUAAGUGUCAAUGAAGUAAUUGCACGUCCUUUUUAUAGACGUGUAACAUUUACCACUCUGUCUACUCUUAGCCUUUGAUAGGUAUGGGUAGUAGUAAUAUUA